GAUAAUGGGCAUGGCAUCAAAUGCGCCGAGAGCAUGUCAAAUGGCUUAUCGGGCGUGGGAGGAAGAUUACAGCAGGGGAACACAAGUUAUUGAGAAGGGAGAUUCUACGGAAGAAAAAGAAUUUUAUUUGCCGAGUCAGGUACCUGGUUUCUCAAGUCUACAGACUGACGGAGGAAGCACUCAGGCUGAGGCUGAAAUCCAUCCCAACAGAAUGUCCACCUCGGGUGUGAAGUGCGUCACCACACCAUGUGUCACGUCGUGCCCGGAUGCAAAAGUGGUGAUACAUCCACCACCGAUGGUCCUCACUCUACCAGGACUGAGCCUCACCACAGCCCCUAACCAAUGCCUGGUGGAAACCCAAACAUCGUGUCUCACCAAUGGCUCUGAGCUGUGCGGUGAUGGAUCUUCCACAGCACUUGUCACUAAAUCCUCUGGUCUGCGUGCUGUUUCCGGUGGAGACACCCCGUGUUGUACGACCACCUGCCCUGACUCGCAAGUGGUGAUACAGCCACCUCCUGUUUGCAUUACAAUCCCAGGUGCAGUCCUCACUAGCUACCCCAAUGAAUGCCUCAUCCAGACAUCAAACCCCUGUGUCCCUAGUGGUUCCCAGCCACAUGCCCUCGCCCGCUCUACGUCAGUUUCUGACUGCUCCCUUACCCCACAGCGCAUGUCUCGUUCUACCUCUGUCCCAUGCGGUCUCAAUAGCACACCAGCAUGUGUGACACAAGGUCCUAGUUCCAAAGUGGUGAUAUAUCCACCACCGAUUGAGGUCACCAUCCCUGGCCCAAUUUUGGAAAUUGCUGCAGAGGAGUGCUCAGUGGAGGUCUACAACCCAUGUGACACUGCCGGUGCAAUCACCAGUGGUGAAGAGCGAUGUGCCAUCACCAGUGGCGAAGAAGGGGAAGUCAAAACCCUGACGGCACGUGCCUUGUCCUGCACUAAAGUGUGUGGGGUGUUGGGUACUUCUUCUUCAUGUGUCUCCCAAGGACCAGAGAUGAAGAUUGUCAUCCAGCCCCCUCCAAUUGAAGUUGAGCUUCCUGGACCAAUCCUCCAAGUCUUCCCUGAAGCAUGCAAAGUGGAAACAAUUACCCCAUGUGCUCCAGAGCCACAGGCACUGUGCAGCAACAGUGAUCCAGCUACCUCAACAGCUCUUGCCACCAGGACCACCUCACUGUCCACCGUGAAACGUCCUCUGCCUGAUUUGAGAAGGCCCGCCCGCCCUUGGGCUGAGAUGUACAGCCGGUCCAUAACUCCAAGGAGCAUUUUGGCCAAGUCUUCCAGAUUUUCCAAAUAUCACCAUGGCUUCAGCUCUUCAAGCUAUCAGUCAUCUUACUGAAUUCCUCCAUGCGUAUUGUACAAGAGACAGCUGGAAUAAAGAGGUGGCCUUUGUGGCUUGGCUGAUGAAGAAGAGCCUUCAUCCCAAACACCUAUCAAAUAGAUGGACAAUAUUAUUUUCCCUUAAAUUCUUUGAAAAAAACAUAGCUAAGAUGU